AUGGACGCCGGCGACCCCUCCACAGCGCUGGUCGCCACUGCGGCAGACCCAUCCCAGAGCACCAAGAAGAAACCCCCCAAGCGGUUCAUCCACACCCCGAUCCCGCCCUCCAUCCUCUCCGACCCGACCCUGGCCGCCGCCGCCACCUCGCUCCUCCCGGCCGCCUACAACUUCGAGCUCCCGAAAACCGCCCACCGCAUCCGCGCCUCAGGCGCGCGCCGCGCCGCGCUGCAGCUGCCCGAGGGCCUCCUCCUCUUCUCCCUUCCCCUCUCCCACAUCCUCGGCCCCUUCCUCGCCGCCCACCCCUCCAACGACGUGCUCAUCCUCGCCGACCCGACCUACGGCGCCUGCUGCCUGGGCGACCGCCCCGCCAGGGCGCUCGCCGCCGACCUCCUCGUCCACUACGGCCACUCCUGCCUCGUGCCCGUCACCUCCUCCCUCCUGCCCGUCCUCUACGUCUUCGUCGAGAUCCGCGUCGACGCGAUCCGCCUCGCCGCGGCGGUCCGCAGCGCCUUCCCGGACGCCGCCGCGGCGCCGCGCCUCGCGCUCGCCGGCACCGUGCAGUUCAUCUCCGCGGUGCACGCCGCGCGCGAGAUGCUCGCGCGGGACGGGUACCGCGACAUCGUCGUCCCGCAGGCCAAGCCGCUCUCCGCCGGCGAGAUCCUCGGGUGCACGGCACCCACGCUGAAAAAAUCAGAGGGGGUCGGCGUGGUGGUGUUCGUCGCCGACGGCAGGUUCCACCUCGAGGCGUUCAUGAUCGCCAACCCCGGGGUGAAGGCCUACCGGUUUGAUCCGUUUCUUGGUGUGCUAGUGCUGGAGGAGUACGACCAUGUUGGGAUGAAGCAGGCGAGGAAGGCGGCGGUGCUGGCGGCGAGGAAGGCCAGGAGCUGGGGAGUUGUGCUUGGCACGCUCGGCCGGCAGGGGAGCGUCAAGGUUCUUGACCGGAUUGUAGAACAUCUCGAAGAAAAAGGGUUGGAGCACAUGGUGGUGCUCAUGUCCGAGCUCUCCCCGACCAGGAUGGAGCUGUUUGGGGAUUCUGUGGAUGCGUGGGUGCAGAUUGCGUGCCCUCGGUUGUCGAUCGAUUGGGGGGAGGGAUUCAAGAAGCCGGUGCUGACGACAUUCGAGUUUGAUGUUACACUGGGGUAUGUUCCUGGGUGGUGGGAGAAAGGUAGUAGGGAGUGUGGCAGUGGAGGUGGCAGUGGCUGCUGCUCAGGAUCAGGAACUUGCGGAGAUGGUGAUUGCAGUAGUGGCGACUGUGGUGGAAAUGAUUUUGGAGGGGAGUAUCCGAUGGAUUACUAUUCGCAGGACGGGGGUGAUUGGAAUGGCUGCUACAUGAAGAAGAAACCCGCCACUGGCGAGAGAAGGCCACGAGUUCGAAUCGGCAGCAGUGUUCAAGUUGAGCAGAAGCAGUGAAAUGAAACAUCGUUCUGAGGUUUUGGAAGCCAGCCGAAUCAAGAACAGCUUCAUGGCAUCCAGUAUUUUUGACAGCAGAGUUUACUCCUAGCCUUAUCAUGCUUCAGGGAAUGCAGUUAAGGAACUUACC